AUGUCGUACCUCCUCAAUAAAGCCACCAGCGCCGCCAAAAGCGUUCAGAGCACCGUGAUCAGCACAAGUACAACCCAUUUAGAAAGCGUCACCAGCAAGUUCGGAUUCGAAAGUGUGACCAAUGUCGUGACCAGCAUAGUCACCAGCAAAGAUUCCAACCCCAAGCACCGAUAUUCCAGUUCAGCGCCCAUCUCGGAGGGCAACAGUGUCAAAUAUCAUGUCAGCGGGUGCGCUUACUUCUGGGCUGUCUCUGAAGCAUUGGAGAAGGCCAAAGAGUCGAUUUGGAUCCUUGGGUGGUGGGUUUCACCAGAAGCAUAUCUUCGGCGACCGCCAUCGGAGAAUGAAAAGUACCGACUCGAUCGGAUGCUUCUGGCCGCUGCCGAGCGAGGUGUCAAGGUGAAUAUCAUUGUAUUCAAGGAAGUCCCUCAAUUCAUGUACCUCUCGUCGCACCACACUCAACGCGCUUUGGAGGCUUUACACCCUAAUAUCGCUGUCUUUCGAUAUCCAGACCAUUAUACCGGUGCCAAGGGGGUCCUGUCGUCGACAAAGAGCAUGCUGCAAAACACGGUAUCCGGCGGUGCAGCCAAUUUGGGUAAGAUCUCAGACGAAUCGUUGCAGAACCUGUUUGCAUUGGCCGGUGGACCGACUUUGCUCUGGGCACAUCAUGAGAAGCUUGUCAUCUGCGACAGAGAGACCGUCUUCAUGGGCGGUAUCGACCUCUCUUACGGUCGAUGGGAUACAAUCCAGCACCCCAUCGCGGACGCUCAUCCUGGAAAUCUCGACGACAUCGUCUUCCCCGGCCAAGACUACAACAAUGCCCGAGUUAUGGAUUUCAAAAACCUCGAUAACUGGGAGCACAACAAACUCAGUCGGUUGACGACUUCAAGGAUGGGCUGGCAGGACAUCUCCAUCAGCCUGACUGGGCCGGCAGUUGCCGACCUCUGCAAGCAUUUUGUUGAACGUUGGAACUUUGUACAUAGCAUGAAAUACAACACGGGCCUACCACGGGACUCGCGAUACGAACGUCUCUCACCCAUCAGCGAUCAACCUGCGCAGAAUCCGUCGCACCAACCUGCAGGUCCAAUGACAUGCCAACUCGUUCGCAGCAUCGGCAACUGGAGUGGCGGCUCAACGCUUGAGCACAGCGUGUACGAUGCGUAUAUCGACAUAAUCAAGAAGAGCGAGCAUUUCGUAUACAUUGAGCAGCAAUUCUUCAUCACGUCGACGGGAACCUGGCUGGGAACGGUUUGGAACCGAGUCGGCGAAGCUCUCGUGCAGCGAAUUUUGCGGGCCGCCCAGGAGAAGAAACGGUACAAGGCCAUCGUAAUAUUGCCUUCCGUACCAGCUUUUCCAGGCGAUCUGCAAGCCUUGAUUACAGGCCACCCGCCCCGGGCGAUCAUGAAGCUGCAAUACAAGUCCAUCUCUCGCGGCGGGUUCAGUAUCAUGGACAAGAUCAAACGAGCCGGCGUCGAUCCGAAGGAGUACAUCAGAUUCUACAACCUUCGGAACUAUGACCGGAUCAAUGAGAGCGGGGUGAUGCAGAAGGCGGAGAAGGCUAGUGGAGUCGAGUAUAAACUUGCUAGCCAGGACCACGACGAUAUAGUUGACCCCUUUGGACUGCGGGCACAGAAAGAGGUGGGUGAGUUCGAAGGUGACGAUGUCACUCGCAACCAUGAGGCCUACCAGAAGUACCAGAGUGCGACGGGCCACGCACACAGCAGCUGGGAUUCUGUCAGUUCUUGUUAUAUGCUCGGGGGCGUUGACAUCCGGAAGGUCCCAUGGGUAGGAGGUGGCCCCAUCAAGGAAAUCGACGCCUUUGUCAGCGAAGAACUCUAUGUGCAUUCCAAGGUGCUGAUCGCAGAUGACCGAGUUGUUCUCUGCGGCUCGGCAAACUUAAACGAUAGGUCCCUCAAGGGGAGUCGAGACUCGGAGAUUGCAUUGGUGAUCGAGGAUCCGACGCCAGUCGUCACCGCAAUGAACGGGCAGCCAUUUCAAGCCAGCCGAUUCGCGGCCAGCUUACGCCGAUAUCUGUUCCGAAAACAUCUGGGCCUGCUCUCUCCUCAGGACAUGCGGAAGCCAGAUGGGCAUUUCACGCCUGCUCCGGGCGACAAUGAGUAUGAUUUUGGAUCAAAGGAAGACGUUCUCGUCUCAGACCCUCUCAGCGACCAGUUCCUCGAGCACUGGAACGACGUGGCGCAGCAGAACACGCUGGCUUUUCGAAAAGUCUUCUCGCCGAUGCCGGACGACACGGCGCAAACCUGGUUGCAGUAUCAGAUGUUGUUCUGGAAGCGUUUCACGGGGCCGGACGGCCUGCACAUGGCCCAGUGGGGACAUGUCAUGAAGGAUAACUUCCCGGGAGGUGAUGAAGGUGUCACAGCUGUGAAGGAGGAACUGGCGAAGAUAAGGGGUAUGCUUGUCGAGAUGCCGCUAGAGUUCCUGGCCAAAACAGACAUUCAGAUCGAAGAUCCGGGAUAUAAUAUCCGCUAUCAAAAUCGUAGGGCGACGAGCAGCACAUCCGUUCCGCCAAAUCACGCUCCAGAACUCGAUGAAGACGUUGGGGAGAUACGUGAUAACCUAUCACUGGCACUAGACGUGCUACACCUCGAAAAUCAGAAGAAGGCUGAAGACGAUAUCGCCGAGCUUAGACUGCUUCUCACGCUCGUGAAUGCAACGCAGAUCUCAUCGUCGGUCCGUGACUGGCUUAAAGCGCCAAAUGCGAGCGUUGACCUCAAUUCUGCAUGCGCUAAAGGCCACCUAGGCACAGGCAUGUGGUUCAUCAACAGCCCGUAUUUUACCACAUGGCUGAAGCAAGAUGGUUCCUUCCUUUUUCUUAAUGGCCCUGCAGAUGUGGCAAGUCAGUCUUAUGCGCAACCGCCAUCCAACACGCUUUCCGCCAGAAGGGCUCGAGUCGUUACGAGCUUUGCUCUUAUAGCUAUCUGGACAACUUUCCGAUGGUCAAGCUGUCCUCGAGCGGAUGCGGACUUCCACCCAAGCAGCCGCACCUCCAAUGGCACUAUUAAUCGAGUCCUAAACGCAUUGCAGAUGAUGAGAAAGUGGUCAUUACCAAUGUUGCACCUCCUAGUCACUAGUCAAGACGAAUCGGACAUGCGUGAUUCGCUGGACCCAGCCCACAACCAAAUCCUGAUCAUGAAGAAUGCCGGGAUUGAUAAAGAUAUCAGCGACUUUAUCUCGAGCCAACUAGGCGUCGAUCCGAAACUCCGAAAUUGGAAAACGCAUCAUGACUGGAUUAGAAAUGCGCUGAUUGAACGUGCUCAAGGCGUAUUCCGUUGGGUCGAAUGUCAGUUCGAGUCUCUCAAACGAUGUCCGCGUAGCGAAAGUCACCUCGAUCGAUGUUUACACUCGUUACCGCGAAGUUUGGACGAAACCUAUGAGCAGAUGCUCUGUAGUAUUGAUGAGACUUCCUUUGAGGAUGCUCGGCGGAUCCUGAGCCUAUUGUGCUUCUCAUUCCAACCUCUCACAGUGCCGGAACUUAUUGAGGGAAUUGCAGUCGACUUUGACGAACCUGCACGACUGAGUUGUCGACGUCGACUACAGGACGCAGAUGACAUUGGCAAUAUUUGUCCAGGUUUGAUCGAUAUUAAUGACCACGUGGGCAAUGACUACAAGGGCAACGAUGACGAUGGCAACGACCAUGAGGACAGCGAGAAAAUGCAAAUGGCGCCAAUAGUCCGUCUAGCUCACUUCUCGGUCCAGAAAUACCUCGAAUGCGAUCGGAUCACCAAGCAAAAGGCGGCAAAUUUUGCGCUACAAACCGCUCCUGCGCACGCGGAAAUUGCACAGAUAAUCUUGGUGGACCUCCUGGAGCCAGAACUGUUUAGUGGGCCACUUCGAAACGGAGGAACUGUAACAUCCCAGUUGAAAUCACUGAUCUCGAGGUUAUUUAGUCAACAAGACUCUCUCCGCACUUGGUUAUGGCUGUGUAGAAGACAGAACUCCUCGUGGGUUAUAGCGACGUUUGACCUCGACUCCACCUCCACUGAUCCGUCAAUAAUUUGUGCGUGCUAUUUCGGGCUUGACGAAGCGCUGCAUGAGCUAUUCGGUCUCAUGGAUAGUGACACUGACAAGAAAAUUCUGACCGAUAGCCCAGGUGGGUACCCGGGCCUAUUUCCAUUGGCAGUAGCAUCAGAGGAAGGUCACGAAAAAGUGGUGCAAGUGCUGCUCGAUGCAGGUGGAGGAGGCGUCGACAGAGAAAUGAUGGCAGCAUCAGAGUAUGGGGAUGGAGAAGUGGUGAAGAUGCGAAUCGAUGCUGGGGCAGAUGUCAAUGCCCGUGGUGAAGAGGACUAUGCUGCAUUACAAGUAGCAUCAGAGCAUGGACAUGGGGAGGUGGUGAAGAUCCUGAUGGAUGCUGGGGCACAUAUUAAUACAGCGGGAGGGAAUUUUGGUACUCCAUUACAUGCAGCAUCACGUUUUCCCGACCCAGCGGGAGCGGAGAUAUUAUUGGAUGCUGGCGCGGAUGUCAAUUUGGCGAAGACUGUAAAGGUGCUUCUAACUGCUGGGGCAAAUGUCAAUGCGGUAGGAGCAGGGUGUGGUGCUACUGACUUAGAGCUAGCAUUGGCUGGAGGCGAGAGGAAGGUGGUUGGUAUGGUUGAUGUGAUCCAAAAGCUACUGGAUGCCGGGGCUCUCGACGAGACGGGGGAAAGGCAGGCUUUAUUGGAAAUUGCUUGA